AUGGCUGAGAACGGCGCUUCGGUCCCCGCCCACUCCUCCUCCGAGGAAACUGGCUUUGCUGAAAGCAAAGGCAAGGGCAAGGGCAAGGCUGCUGAGCCAGCUUCUCACCGCGAGGAUGCUGCCAUGGAUGAAGAUGGGGAGGACGAUGUUGUUGACGAAGACGAAGACGAUGAUGAUGACGAAGACGAUGAAGACGAUAAUGCCCAGGCCGGUAUUGACGAGGAGGACGGUCUGGAAGAGAUUGACCUGGACAACAUUGUCGACGGGGGUCGUCGCACGCGUGGCACCACCAUCGACUUCGCCAAGGCAGCUGAGAGUCUCCCGGCUGACGAGGACGACGAAGACGACGAAGACUUUGAGCCCCCUUCCGAGGAUGCGGAGAUGGCUGAUUAG